ACAAACAUAAAGAAGAGUUAUUUGUAAUGAUUAUUAUUAGUGAUUAAUAAAAGUACAUAAAAAUGGUUUCUAAUAAUUUCUACCUUGGACUAUUUUUAAUAUAUUUAGUUAGUUUAAACAGUGAUGCGUACAGAAUACUUGUAAUUGCUCCCUUCAAUUCAAAAAGUCAUAGUAAUAUGUUAGAAACUGUCGGUAAAGCUUUAGCAUUAAAAGGACAUCAAGUUGACGUUAUUUCACAUUUCGAAAUGAAAAAUCCACCAAAAAAUUAUACAACAAUUAUCAAUUUGGAUGGAUCACUAAAGAAAGCAGUUAACACUUGGACAUUGGAAAUGGUAGAACAUUUUCGACAUGCUGAUUUAGUUCCAACAUUAGUCAAAGGUUUUGGAAACAACUUAUGUGAAUUAAUGGCUCUGGACAAAAUGCAGAAAUUUAUUAAAAAUCCACCAAAUAAUCCACCAUACGAUUUGGUCAUUGUAGAGGCUUUUGCAGCAAAUUGCUUCUUUGGAUUUGGACAUGUUUUAAAAGUUCCAGUUGUCAUUGUGUCAGCUGUAACGGAAAUUGUAUGGUUUGAUGAGAUACUAGGAAACCCAAUGUCUAACGCUUACUCAGUUAAAUUUGAGACAAAGAACUUUCAAAUUGUAACAUUUUGGGAUCGUGUAAAAAAUCACUUUUGGACUCAUUACAAAAAUUACAGAUUUUUUAAAUAUACAGAAGAAAAACAAACCAUUGCUAUGGAAAAAUAUUUAAGUUCGGAUGUACCAAAUAUUAGAGAAAUUGAGAAGAAGGCAGCUCUGUAUCUAACCAAUGCCCAUCAGAGUUUCUUUGGUAUAAAACCUCAAAUUCCCGCGGUGGUUCAAAUUGCUGGCAUUCAAAUUGAACUCAGUGAAACAAAAAUGACACCGGAAUUAAAAGUUUGGAUGGAUGAAAGUACUGAUGGAGUAGUGUAUUUCUCUCUAGGAUCUAUGGUUAUUAUCGAAGAUUUUCCAAAAGAAAUUUUAUUAGGAAUCUAUGGGGCAUUUGAAAAAUUAGCACCAAUUCGAUUUCUUAUAAAAAUUGUAAAUAAAGAAAAACUUCCACCAGGUUUGCCGAAAAAUGUAAUGACGAUGUCGUGGAUUCCUCAGAUUCCGGUUUUAAAACACAAAAAUAUAAAAGUAUUUAUGACACAUGGAGGAUUAAAUAGUGUUCAAGAAGGCCUUUAUUUUGCUGUGCCUAUGAUUGGUUUUCCAUUAUUUGCCGAUCAGCUAUUAAACGUCCGGCUACUUUCUGACAAAAAUGUUGCUUACGAAAUGGAUUACAAAGAUAUUAAUGAAAAAUCUUUGAAUAAUGCUCUGCUUGCGGUUCUUCAUGAUCCGAAGUAUCGAGAAGCUACGAAACGUGAAUCUCAAUUAUUUCGAGAUCGACCUAUGAGUGCAACAGACACAGCAGUUUUUUGGAUCGAGUACAUUAUAAGGAAUGGCGCAAAUUCGUUACGAUCACCAUCAAUGGACAUGCCUUGGUGGAAAGCAGAACUCGUCGAUGUCUACGUAUUUUUCUUUAUUUCCAUUAUUUUAAUAAGCUGCAGUGUUUAUUUUGUUUUGAGAAAAAUCGUAUGUCUAUUUUGCAGAAUGUUUAAUCUCAGUUCUCAAAAUCAUAGGAAAAAUGACUGAAAUUGAUCUUUAGUGUUUAAAACGUUAUUUAUUUAAGCUAUUUUAAGAAAUUGUAACACAAGCAACAAAAUUUGAUUCAAUUUACUUUCCAAGAAUCUGACAACAUUUUUCUGAAGGUUUUCAACGUGCUGAAUCCGAAUCCGGCUUCAAAAUUGACCAUGCACGUCAGAUUUUCGAGUUAUUUUUUGCUUUAAAAAUUAAGUUUAGCACUUAAAAUGCUACAAAAUGCAGUAACGAUGAACACGAGAUCUCUCUGUUCUUUUGGUUUCUUCUCAAAUUUUAUUAAUUGUCAUUAGGAAGCACCAUAAGCAAAUAAUAGUAAAUCGUGGUUUUAGUGCAAUAGUUAUUUUCGAAUACAUAACGUCUUCAAGGAAAUAGUUAAAACAUUACUUUUUUGUGUUGAAAAUUUUAAAUGCGUUUUUCUCAAAAUGUAUUUUUUCACGCGCCGUGCAAUGCAUGCGGCUUACAAUCAGACAAUUUUUAACUGAUUUCCAUAAAACCAGCAAUCUUUUUUAAUUUACUGGAUAUUGGAUGACAAGCUACUUUUUUAAAAAAAAAUUUUGAAUAAUUUUUUUUGUAGAUUGUUUAUAAAAAAAUGAUAUUUUUCAAAAUAGUCCCAAAUUUUCAAAAAAAAAAUUUUUUUUAAUUUUCUUUUGUCAUGCAAAGCGUAUUUAUGUAUUUUAUCGAUUAUCUAACUUUUUAACGCCUGUA